UAUUGAAUUUUGUUUCUAGCCAAGAAAAUGCCGACGAGUUUAACUUUGUGCGGGCCUACGAGUGCUUCACGCAUAAGAACCACACCUGCCUCGUCUUCGAGAUGUUGGAGCAGAAUCUUUACGAUUUCUUGAAACAGAACAAGUUUCAACCUUUACCUCUUAAAUAUAUUCGUCCCAUCACUCAUCAGGUUUUGACUGCUCUACUGAAACUGAAACAGCUUGGUUUGAUCCAUGCAGAUCUUAAACCAGAGAAUAUUAUGUUGGUAGAUCCAACCCGUCAACCUUACAGGGUAAAAGUUAUUGACUUCGGAAGUGCAAGUCAUGUGAGUAAAGCAGUCUGUAACACCUACCUUCAAUCAAGAUACUAUAGGGCCCCAGAGAUUAUUCUUGGUCUCCCGUUCUGUGAGGCGAUAGAUAUGUGGUCCCUGGGUUGUGUAGUAGCAGAACUAUUCCUGGGUUGGCCCCUGUAUCCUGGUAGCAGUGAAUAUGAUCAGAUCCGGUAUAUAUCCCAGACACAGGGACUACCAGCUGAACAUAUGCUCAAUAACGCCAGUAAAACCGUCAAGUUCUUCUACAGGGAUAGAGAUACCAGCUAUCCUUUCUGGAGACUCAAAACUCCAGAAGAACAUGAAGGGGAAACUAAGAUGAAGAGUAAGGAGGCCAGGAAGUAUAUCUUCAACUGUCUGGAAGAUAUGGGCCAGGUUAAUGUUCCCACAGAUCUUGAGAGAGGUGAACUUCUGGCAGAGAAGGUUGAUAGAAGAGAGUUCAUUGAUCUACUCAAGCGGAUGCUAACUAUGGAUCAGGAGAGAAGAAUAACGCCGAGUGAGGCGUUGAAUCACCCCUUCGUUACAAUGGCGCACAUGGCGGAUUACGCGCACUGUUCCAACGUAAAGUCGAGCGCGCAGAAGAUGGAAAUCUGUAAACGAUCUCCAGUAACCCCUGCGCAAACUCACGCCGCUGCAGCUACUUUAAUGGCGGCGGGAGUUCGAAGUGGAAACGUGACCCUGACCUUUAACAACCAAUUGAGUCGGUCAGCAGCAUCGGUGGUGAAUGGACGUGCAGUGUUGGAGAGAUCAGCGGCGUACGAUGCGCAUUUCCAGGCUGCUAGCGCAGCACAGUUGGUUCCUGGUGCAUUACUACCUGUACCCAGCUAUCCAGCAGCUUCUCCUACAGGAAACCGGGGAGCUGUUGUGGCAGUUGGUGGAGGACUUGGACAGGUUCAGCAGUAUGUACCAGUAACAAUGGUUGAGCAAGGAGGAAGGUUAAUGGUUGGAGCAAGUUGGGCAGCUUCCUCAGGUAGACAGAUGGCUCUAGUUCCAUCCUGGCAGCAGCUUCAGCAGCCUACUCUACAGCAGCCUAGUACUCUAUUAGUUCCUGCAGAUGAGUGGAGGCGACCUCUACUGGCAGAUAAUGCUCAAGGAAUCAGAAUUGCUCAAGAUCCUGGAAUUUUUCCUGUAAUGUAUGAACGACCUCUGGUCCGAGAUAACACCCGGAGCAGUAGUUUUAGCUCCGGAGCUAAACGUUCUACUAAACCUGUCCAGCAGCAUCAACAGCAGCAUCAGCAACAGCAGGGUAGAUACGUGAAGAAGGAGAUGACUCAGCUUUCUCCUGUCAAGAAGAGGAUCAAGGAGAAUAAGGAUCAUUAUAUUGUGGCUGAAAACUACUCUGGCCGGCCUACUAGCUGGGAGAAACCAAUCUCCGCCAACAAUGGUCCUCUAGAGGUUAUCACGAUAUCGGAUAGUGAGGACGAGGCCGGACCGGAAAUAAAAUCUGCCCCAUCAGCCGCCGACGUUUCCUCCGGCCAGACUUCCGGUUGUCCCAGCGUUUUGACCCUGACCCCGGUAGCCGCUCCUCCGGCAGACUCUGAACCACCGAGUAAUGUGUCAACUCCUAGAGCAGGUUCAUGUGUAGCGGAGUCAGGUAAAACUCCGAUCAAGGUUGAACCAGUUACCGAGAUUACGCCAGGCAUGAGUCAGAAGAAACGUCUGCUCGCUAAGGCGCAGAGUGAAUGGAUUCAGGUGGAUCCAAAGACUGAACCUGAAGUUUACUCGGAGAGGGGGAAAGGAGCUCGGCACAGCAGCUACGAGUAUCUGGAUAGAACUAGAGAUGUCCGGUUUGAGAGAGAGGAACGGGAGCGUGCCAGGUUGGAUAGGGAACGGGAAGAGCGUGCUAGACUUGACCGUGAGCGCGAAGAGCGUGCUCGAGUUGAUAGGGAUCGCGAGGAUCGUCUCCGGAUGGAGCGUGAACGAGACCGAAUAGAUCGCGAGGAAAGGCUUCAAAGAGAAAGAUUGGAUCGGGAGAGAAUGGAAAGAGAAAGAGCUGAGUUUGAUUAUCAGACUGCUGCACUUGCUGCUCGAGAACGGGAUAUACGAGAUCAACUGGCAGGAGUAGUUCCUCGUCUUGAACUUGGUCCUCCCCUAGCUCAUCAAUCCGAGUACGAUGUUCACCGUGGUGUUGAGUAUAUUCAACCUCCCGCUGCACAUACUAACCGAGACCUGCUCGCUAUACACCGAGCCGGUCAACAUUUUGCCCACGGAUCCCCGGCCCACGAGAGUCUCUACGCUCCCGCUACCGUUUAUGUUACUGCUGCUGGUUACCAACAGAUAGCUUUCCCUCCUCCCGCACACCAUGCUCGUCCCGUCCUCCCGCCCCAGAUGCAGCCUGCUGCUGUAUUCCAGCAUCCUCCCCUCCAUCCUCAGUAUGGAUAUGCUCCCUUGAGUCCUGGUAAAACCAGAUACCUUUACUAGGGUAUACUAGUAAACAAACUCUUGUAAAUAUAUAGUGCAGCUGGGGGCUCCACACAUACUUUUAACUCUUGGUUUAACAUUUUUUCUAUUUUUCUACCGUAAUCGUUAAACCAAGCUUAAACCAGCUUUCUACUACAAAUUAACUUUCUUGAAAAUUAAUAAUUAUUACAAAAUACAUUCAGACAAAAAUCCGUAAAAAAUAGAUUCGCCAUAUUUCCAGUUUUCAGUCCUCUACCCUGGUGAGUCUUUUUCAAGAAAACUUAACAAAAUGAUUUCUCGAGGUUUAUCUUUUAGAUCAAUCUUUAACUCUUCUUCUGGAGAUUUUAUAUUGUUGUUCAGUGUUUGAAUAAUUCUGUUAGUGGGUUUUAAUAUUGUUCUCUUGUAAUUCUGUAUUAGAUUACACUAAUGAUAUAAUGUAUUACUAAUUAUAAAUGUUCACUGCUAUUGGUUAAUUAUAAUUAACCAGAAGGUUGUGUUUUAACGUCCAGUCUGCCCCCAGCAUCUUGCUUUGAUAUAUAUCUAUUAAUAUCUAAUAUUCAUGUAAAUCUAUUAAUAUGAUAAUUAAGUAUACGGCAACUCUAGCGCACUCCAUGGAUAUAUUUCAAUGUUUUCCGAUUCUUGGAGAGAUUGUUGUCAUUUUAUUACAUAUUUAAUCAACACCAUUAGAAGGCUUAGCUCCAGGCAGAAGCCUAACACUAAGCAAAUGUCGAAAAUAUAGAAGCUAGCCGUCUUAUUAUAUUCAUGUAUCCUUAUUGUUAAUAAUCUAUAUACGUUUCCCUUAAUCAACAUUUUAUCAGAAAACGGUCAAAAAAACUCCAAAAAAAAUGUAGCUUAGGGCACGGUUAUCUGACGUAGUCUUCGGACAGACUAAUAUAGUGUUUAAUUCCCUUUAAAUAUAUUUCUAUAUAUUCAGUGUUAGUACAAAUAAUCACCUUGUUAUAAUUUUAAGUGUUAAAGCUUGUUCGCUCAAUCUUUGGGAGUAUUUUAGGCCUCGCAUUAUAUUCUCCUUUUUCAAGCAUUGUGAUGCAGGAGAGGUUUUCAACGUUAAAUGUCUAGCGCUGGUUUCUAAUAUUCCCAAAUGCAGGUUUAACCAAUGUUUUAUUGUUCCUAAUGUAUUGUGUUACCACGUAAUUUCAUAUUAUUGAAGAAAUCUUUUUAUCCGUCAAUAAUAAUAUUAACUUCGUUAAUCCCGGAAAUUUUCCAUUGUGUGAUAUUGUACAAUAAUUAAAAUUCGCUAUAAUUAUUAAUUCUUCAUCAAUUGUAGAAAAUAUUCAACAUGCCUUAGAUGUAAAUUAGACUUAAUAUUAAUCUUAUUUUAACCUGUGUAGUCAAGGAAACCUUGAUUCUUCUUUCUCACACAUAUUUAAUAUUUCACAAUUUAUUAAAAUCUACUUAUCCAACUGAAAACGUCCCAUUUUAUUUGAUCUCAAAGUAUAAGAAAAAAAAAGAAAAAAAAUAAAUUCCAAAGAAAAAUUUUGAAAUCAAACCUGAACAAAUGGAGUUUAGUUUUUCAAGAGUUGAAUCUUGAAACUAAACUAGAAUAUUCUGUGAUUUAUCUUUAGCGUUGUAGAUACUAGUAUGUAAGGUGGAGGGAGGGUAUACCCUGGACUCAAUAUAUUCUAUAUUAAUAGAUGCAUUAUUCCACCCUGUUCACUGUGUCACAGUAUACCCACCCCUGUAUCCACUAAUUGUUCAUGUUCACCAUAAUACUGUCAAUAAAUGUUGGGUAUAAUCCAA